AUGGCCGCUGACACGAUGCGCGCCGUGGUAUUCCACGGCCCUUACAAGGUCGCCGUGGAGGAACGGCCAAUCCCCAAAAUUCAAGAAGCGGGGGAUAUCGUUGUGAAAGUGACGUAUACAGCGCUGUGUGGGAGUGACCUUCAUACGUUCCGCGGGGUAGAGCCUACGAAUGAGGGCGUUAUCAUGGGCCAUGAGGUGACCGGUGAGGUUGUUGAGGCUGGCGAGGGGGUCAAGUCGGUUCAGAAGGGCGACGUGGUCGUCAGCGCUUUUACGACAUCUUGUGGCCAGUGCUUCUACUGCAAGCAAGGCUUCUCGUCGAGAUGCGACAAGAACACUCUCCUUGGAUGUGACCAUCUAGAUGGCGCACAGGCUCAAUAUAUCCGCAUCCCCCACGCAGACGGAACGGUCAUGAAGGGCCCCGAGGGAGUCGACGAGAAAUACCUCGUGCUCAUGGCCGACAUCUUCCCCACGGGAUGGUUUGCCGCCAACAACGCCUUCAAAGGAUGCACUCCGGAGCAAAUCUCCGAGCAGACGGUCGUGCUCAUCGGCUGCGGACCCGUCGGACUCUGCGCGCUGAUCAACGCGCUGGAGUACAAGCCCAAGCACCUUCUUGCGGUCGACUCGGUCCCGUCGAGACUUGAGCUGGCUCGGUCCUUGGGCGCUGAGCCGUGGAAUUUCAAAGAGGACCGCGCCGGUUUGGAUAAGCGGGUUCACGAGCUGACCGACGGACGCGGCGCGGAUGCCGUCAUUGAGGUCGUUGGACUCAGUCCGGCGUUGCGAACUGCGUUUGACCUGCUACGUCCUUGGGGUACGAUUAGCAGCGUGGGGGUGCAUAAUGCAGAGAUCCCCUGGGAUGGCAAUGAGGCCUAUGGCAAGAACCUGAGAGUGCAAAUGGGUCGCUGCCCGGUGCGAUCGGUUUCGCCACAGGCAUUGGAGGUGCUGAAAAAGAAUCAGCAUUUGCUCGGGUUUAUGACCGAGAAAAUCAUGCCUCUUUCGCAGGCCGUCGAGGCAUACGAUCUUUUCAACGCCAUGAAGGUGCAGAAGGUCAUUUUCGAGGCGGAUAAAUGA